GGCGCUUGACCCUCCCUCAGAGGAGGGCGGGGAAGGGGCGCGAGGCGGGGCGGGGUGACCUCGGGGUGGGAAGGACAUUUGCUGAAAGAACGCAACUGCAGAUCUGUAGCUGGAGGCCGCCACGGAUAAAGGCUCACUGAUGGCUCAGCUGGGGGCAAUUGUGGCCUUGACUUCCAGUUUCCUUUGUGCAGCUCUCUUCUCAGCCGUGCACAAGAUAGAAGAGGGACAUAUUGGGGUAUAUUACAGAGGUGGCGCCCUCCUGACGUCCACUAGUGGCCCUGGUUUCCAUCUCAUGCUCCCUUUCAUCACAUCGUAUAAGUCUGUGCAGACCACACUCCAGACAGAUGAGGUGAAGAAUGUACCUUGUGGGACUAGUGGUGGCGUGAUGAUCUACUUUGACAGAAUUGAAGUGGUGAACUUCCUGGUCCCAAACGCAGUGUAUGAUAUAGUGAAGAACUAUACUGCCGACUAUGACAAGGCUCUCAUCUUCAACAAGAUCCACCAUGAACUGAACCAGUUCUGCAGUGUACACACACUUCAGGAGGUCUACAUUGAGCUGUUUGAUCAGAUUGAUGAAAAUCUCAAACUGGCUUUGCAACAGGACCUAACCUCCAUGGCCCCUGGACUUGUCAUCCAAGCUGUGCGGGUGACAAAGCCCAAUAUACCCGAGGCAAUUCGCAGGAACUACGAGUUGAUGGAAAGCGAGAAGACAAAGCUUCUCAUUGCAGCCCAGAAACAGAAGGUGGUGGAGAAGGAAGCCGAGACGGAGCGGAAGAAGGCCCUCAUCGAGGCAGAAAAAGUGGCCCAGGUUGCUGAAAUCACAUAUGGGCAGAAAGUGAUGGAGAAGGAGACAGAAAAGAAGAUUUCAGAAAUUGAAGAUGCUGCGUUUCUGGCCCGAGAGAAGGCGAAAGCUGAUGCUGAGUGCUAUACUGCUAUGAAAGUAGCUGAGGCAAAUAAGCUGAAGCUGACCCCUGAAUACCUGCAGUUGAUGAGGUACAAGGCUAUUGCUUCCAACAGCAAGAUUUACUUUGGCAAAGACAUUCCUAACAUGUUCAUGGACUCUGCAAGCAAUCUGGGCAAGCGCUUUGAGGGGCUAACCGACAAGCUGAGCUUUGGCUUAGAAGAUGAGCCCUUGGAGGCAGCCACUACAGAGAAUUGAAAGCUUUAUACAAACUCAGAUGACUGAAGGAGAUCUUUAUUUUUUAAGAUGAACCAGAAUGCGCCCCCUUCCCACGCUACAUUCUUUGACUCUCUUCAAGUUACUAUGGUGAAAAAGAAGAAAUGGACUUAAAUCUACUCCCCUUCCUGGGAAGGGAGGGCAGGGAUUGAUGAUUUGGGAUUUUAUUCAGGUAAGUAGGUAAUAUGACUUCUGAUAGGAUUUGUAAACCAUGGGUUUGAACCUUUGACUUCCAGACACUAACUUUGUCCUUUGGAGCUGGCUCACUGGGGGAGCUGUCAUUAGGGAGGGAGAGUGCAGAGUGGUGCCUCCAAGUGGUUUGUGUUCCCUUAUUUAGGAAAACACAGUCCAGCGUUCUCUCCCCUGCUUCCAGGUGGGAGAUGUCUGUGGGUGAGGCUCUGCAACUGAGCAAAUAUGUGCUUGUCAGUUUGCCAGAGGAGCUAGAGAGAAAGGCUGCUGGGAACAUUUGACCCUGCUGGCAUUUCAUCAGCAUGUGCUGAGUUAUUUUAGAGGCAUGCUUUCUUGAGCCCUCAUAAGGCAGCAUUGGUGCUAGGUUUUGCAAGAUUUUCUAUACACUGUGCUCCUUGCCUGAGGGCUCAGAGUGCCAGUUUCUGACUACAUCUCUCGAGGCCAAGCACAGUCACCACCACACGGUUCUUUACUCAAACUUACCACCUAUUGUGUGGUUUGGAUUUUUCUUCUCAAUCUGAUUCUACUCAGCAUCAAGAAGACAGAAAUAAACAACUCAAGUGUCUUCGUAGCUGCUGAAGUGGGAUCCUUAUAGCUAUUAGCCACUGCAGCUCCUUCUUGGCAGAUGGUGUAUGUGCUUAGAGAUCAAGUGUCUUUAUUGGGGAGAUUCUACAGUGAAAGGCUCUGACAUCAUGCACAGAGGGGGCUAAAGGAUCAGUGAAGAGAUUUCCUAGUCUGAAUGCCUAUAACUUGUGCUGGGAAUCUGUCUGAAAUCAGGAUACGAGCAGACCUUCCUUUACAUAGCCUUGCUUUUACAUCCAGGGCUCCAUGUGCCACACAGAGGUCAGACAAUGUUAAAUCUCCAGAAAUGUGAUGCAGCUCUAAGUCAGAGUUCAUGCCCAAGUCCCUGGGUUGGAAUGGCUGCAUCACAAUGUUUUCUUUUUCAUUACUGGUUAGGAAAAUUUCACAUCACUCUGAGAGAUUCAGGUCAAGGAAGGCAAACAUGAAAGAAAGGUUUUUCUUAUAUCCUGAAAUUGGGAUUAAAGGUAGUAGGGGUGGGGGGGAUCCAAACCAUGUAGCCUGUGAGUUGUAUACAAAAUUGUUAUGUGGACACCGCUGUCUGGAGUAAACCAGCAAGCACGCUGGGACCCUCCUUGCCAGCUCAGGCUUAGCAUUUGGCUUUAUUAUUAGCUGUAACGCCCCACGCCGGAAAAUAUCUCCUACUGUCCCCCUCUUCCCAAGGUGAAUACUACCAAGGAUACUUGCUGGCACCAAUCCUCACCUCAUUUUUGGUUCCAUGCCCAGAUUUUUGGUUUAUCAAAUGGUCCCAGAACUUGGGUCAGCUUGCUUAGGAGUUUGAGGAGCUUUCAGCCUGCAUAGAAAAAUACACUGUUGACCCUUCUUACUUCAAAUGUUGCUUUUCUCUGUUUUAAUUCCCAGGACUUAAGAAUUCUCAAACCAGGGGUCCUGGUCACAUUUUGCACAGACACCAUGAUAUUCUAGGAGUAACAGGGUUUAAUGUGCUCAAGAGCCCCUUGCAGAGGGUGAUCCAGUUUCCCAAAGAUGAACAUAGGGUAUGGAUUGUUAAAACACAACCACUGUCACAUACGCUCUGCCCCAUCUCUUGCUGCCUGGACCUCAGAAAACACCAGUUUGCCACAAUAGAGUCAGGGCAGGAUCCUUUAGCCUCUCUGAACAGCAGGCUUUGCUUGAGUUCUUUACUUGAAAGCCUCUUGGGUACCAACAUCCUGUGAUAGUUUAUCCCUUGACCACAAAAGAGCCCCGGUGAAGUCCUAUGACAGCUGCCCCUCCAUGUUAAUGUCACUUCUCAUUAAACAAAAAGUAUAAAUUCUCUACCUGUCUGAACAGUAAAAUCAUGGAAGCUAUUUCCAUGGCAUGGGACUUCUAGCCCAUCUGUCCGUGUGACUUUGCUUUUUUAACACUUAGUAGAAAAUCUGAUCUUAAAAAUUCUAAACAUGUAAAAUGUGACAGCCUGCAAUUUUGUAGACAGUGAAGUAAUGGCUGCUAUUUAUAAAUGGAACUUCUAUCAAAAUAAGUAACUGUUUAUAAAAUUCAGUUUUUGUAGGAUUUUUCCAAGGAAAAGUCACCUUGGUUGAAUGUUUCUCAUUAAACUUCGCGGAAGCAGGUCACGUCCAGUACUGUGUUUAAUUGCUUUUUAAUAUAAGGACAGAAUGUUUGCAAGGAAGCCAAAGUUUAUUAAUAAUUUUUAUAUAACUAAAAUAAAAUAGAUUGGGAGAGAUCUGUGAUCAUAUUAAAGGGGGGAGGGGGAUCACUGGAAGAGUCUUAGCAAUAUAUUCAUCCAAAAAGAUGUUUUAUAAAUGAUCUUUAGCAGUUUCUAUGGGUCUGUGUACCUGUCAACAUUAAUAACUUCACCAUUGAAAGAGGAUAAAUAGUGAAAGUAAGAUGGUCUUAUUCACUGAUGUUUUCUAUUUAAGUUUCAGGAUAAAUAAUGUUUUGGCCAGUGGCUGCUCUGUGUCUAUGAACUUAACCACUACUUCUUUAGUUCUGUUCAAUAAGGUUCUAGCCACUGUUUUUGUUGUUUCAUUAUAAAAGAGGUAAUAGCCAAUCAUUUUGUGUUUGUAUUGCCAUUCCUUUUUUUAUUUCUGCUUCUAUGUGGAAGUGAUUGAAUAGUCAAACUAAUUCUACUUGCAAAGAGUCCCAAGGGUGUAAUGACCGCCCCUCAUUUGUAACUGUGAAACAAUUCUUGUUUUAGCAAUCGUCCUAUAAAUGAUACUGCUGGAUUAAAUGCCUUGAAUUAAUAGCCGGAGGAAUUGUUUUGGACAGCACUAAAGGUCCUGUGUGAAUUUAUGUCUUAGUUUCCUUUUCAGUCCUGCUAAAUAAAAUGAGUCUUUGUA